CACUAACAGCCUCCACACACAAAACAUGCACGCGGGAAUGGAAGAAUUGAUCAGCACGUCAGCGAACAAGAGAUCGUUCAACGAGGAGAUUUCCAAGGAGAAUGCAGACGCCAACAUGGUUAACUACAACAAGUGGGCCAACUUGCUGAGGACCUCAUCCGAUUACCGCUGUCCUGAGGACGAAUGCCAUAACUUCGAUUUUAACGAAGAGAGGCUGCUCUGGGAAAGGGAAUUCUGUCUCAUCAACAACCAACAGCACUUGGAUUAUUGUUUCGUUGAGGAAGCUUCUCCAGAAAUCAACCAAUUCCUCAAGCUCUGGUAGACACCUAUCAGAGUUCUGUUCACUUGUAGAGUAUUUUAGUGUAAAUAAACAAUCACAUCAGUC